CUCCUUUCAGUGUACACUUCAUGUCUGCAGUGUUGUUAGUGACCUCCCAUUGAGCCCAGGAUACAGAGGAGUUUCUUAUUUUACAGUCCAAUUUCUGCAAAUUGAUAUGGGCCUUGAACACAAAUCCUCACCCAAUUCAGACUGGUCCAGACAGUGUUCCCGUACUCUACACAGCUAUACCCAGUUAUGAUCAUGGAAGUUUUUCCAGACUGGAUUUUAAUUUUUUUCCAUACCUCAGAAACAAUGCCAUCUUAAACCACAUGGAUUAUUAACCCUGCGACUAUCAGACUUACAGGAAGUUUUCAAGUUGUCAAUUUGCAAGUUUCAACUCAUUUUAGACCUCAUGCAUCUUCACAUGCACACAUAUUUUGUGGGCAGCUACCAAAAAAGAGAAAAGUCUUCAUAUAAUAGUUAUUUUUCUUCUCAUCGAGAGCUUCCAGCAACCAGCCUGAUAGGCUGAAUCAACUCUGAUGACUAACUGCAAGAAGCAAUCUUCGAAGACGGUGGUUCCUGCAAAGGAGGUUGGUGAUGUAUCAGCAGAGUCCCCUCAACAUUCAAGGAAAAAUGGCUGGAGCUGGCCUCCUCAUCCAUUGCAGUUUGUUGCCUGGGUCACAUACCUCUUUUUUGCAAUCGUAGGAUUUGGAAUUCUUGUUCCACUAUUACCUCCGCAUUGGCUGGCAGCUGGUUAUAUUUGUAUGGGUGCCUUAUUCGCUUUGCACCUGGUUGUUCACUUCCUAGCUGUUACCAUCAAUCCAGCUGAUGACAAUGUGCGUGCCAAGGGCUCUCCUGGUCCCCUUCCCGUGUUUGACCGCAACAAACAUGCCCAUGUCAUUGAAAAUAUGCACUGCUACAUCUGUGAGGUGGAUGUGGGCCCAAAAUCAAAGCACUGCAGUUUGUGUAAUAAAUGUGUCAGUCAUUUUGAUCAUCACUGCAAAUGGCUCAAUAACUGCGUGGGAGGCAAAAAUUACUGGCUAUUUUUCAACAGUCUUAUUUCUGGGUUCCUGGGCACAUUUAUCCUGACUAUAAUUUCAUCAUAUGUGUUUGCUGCAUACUUCAUUGACCCAGCAUUGUUAAGAACCAAUGAACAUUUUGAAGUCUCAAAGAACCUCACUAGCGUGUGGUAUGCGUUCCUUCCAUCUGCCCCAGUGGAAACUCAGGCAGCCGCCAUCUUGGCUCUAGCUGCAAUAAUUUCUCUAAUGGGCUUUGUCACUAUCCUACUAUUGGGGCAACUGCUCUGCUUUCAUAUCUACCUCUUGUGGGAAAAACUCAGCACAUAUGAAUAUAUAAUGCACCAGCGACAAAAGCAAGAAAUGAAAUCGGGCAGCAGAAACCCAGAAGAGGGUGACUCGCCACCAGCAGGACAGGCACAGAUAGAGGAGGAGGUUUAUGGAGGAAGUCUCAUUUACACUAACCCGGAUGUACGAAUCAAGGGACCUUCGAAUGAAUCAUUAGGUAAAAGUUGCCCAACGUUGUCUAUUGACAAUGAAAAGCUGGAUGGGGAGCUGCAGUCUGACCCUGGGCCAUCAUUAUCAGUGCCAAAAAAGCCAAGAAUGAAGAAGAAGAAGAAAAGAAAAAAAUCGAAUCAAGUCUCACCAAGAGCAACAGAAAACCAUUCCGAAGAUGGACCUCCACAACACGUAUUUCCUCUGCCACCUCGCACAAAUAAUGAAAGUCCAAUUUCUCCUACUCCUCCUGGUCGGGCAGUACAAUCUCCAGCUUAUCAAUCACAGUCCUUGCCUGUGUUUGCCUCCAUCAACAACCGGCCAAUCCAGGCUUCUGGACCACCUGCAGAAUAUCACUCUGACUCUGCCGAGUCAAUGGAGGAAAUCCCAGUGGCACAAACUCAUCUUGGUAGUUCUUCCAUGAGUGAAAAUUUGUUCCUUAGCCAGAGCAUGCCCAAAGAUUUAUCGAAUGGCUCAGAGCAUGGACUAAAGCAAAGCUACUUGAGGCCUGUUAUCAGGCAGCAAAAAUUUGAGCUACUAUCAAAGGUUCCUUCUGUCUUUGUCAGUGAGACCAGUGGACAACCUCUGCCCAAUGGACAUUUAAUGGAAGCUAGAGUGACAGACAAUCUGCCUAAUAAACAACAUAAAAACAUGCGGGUAACAAAGGGCAAAGGAGGAGAGCAGGCUCUCUCUUUUUCCAAUACAAAUGGACCUUCCAAUAGCACCACAAGUCCAAGAAGUUAGUUAUUUUAUAUGGAAGUACCUAACUAUGCUGGUUUUAUAAAUAAAAUACUUUUUACCUCAA